AUUUCAUGUCGGACAACGGUACACACUUGUGAAAGAAAAUGACAAGCCACAAAAUAGGUGUUAACCUGAGGGUUUCAGGAAAUUGUAACCAAGGUGGCAGAAAGUAUAUGGAAGAUACCCAUUCGUUUAGAUUUUAUAAAACUGAUGGAAAAGACUACGACUUUGCUUACUUUGGUAUCUUCGAUGGUCAUGGCGGAUCCGAAGCAUCGCGUUUUGCGAGGGAUAACUUGUUGGACGAAAUUAUAAAGUACGACUGUUUUUGGAACGACAACGAUGAAGACGUGCAAUGGGCUAUAAAGUCUGGUUUUUUGGACACACACAAUGCUAUGUGGAAACAAUUAGAUAAAUGGCCAAGGAGGAUGUCAGGUUAUCCAAGUACAGCAGGAACAACAUGCAGUGUUGCAUUUGUAAGGAACUCUAAAAUAUAUAUUGGUCAUGUAGGAGACUCGGCUAUAGUUUUAGGAUCAGAUAUUGGCAAAAAGAAUGCAAUUAUUAUGAAGGCAGAUUGUUUAACAAAGGACCAUAAACCAGAAUGUCCUGUAGAAAAAAAGAGAAUAGAAAAUAGUGGUGGAGAAGUAGUAGCAAAGUCUGGUGUACAGAGAGUAGUGUGGAAUAGACCAAAAUGGAAUCAUAAAGGUCCUAUACGACGUAGUACACCCAUAGAUAAAAUUCCCUUUUUAGCUGUAGCUAGAUCACUAGGUGAUUUAUGGAGUUAUGAUUAUUCUACAGAAGAAUUUGUAGUGUCACCUGAACCUGAUGUUAGUGUUCAUCGUAUAGAUCCUUCCAUCAAUAAAUGUAUUAUACUAGGAUCCGAUGGUUUAUGGAAUAUGUUGUCACCAGAAGAAGCUGUUUCUGUUGUAACAGAUUUAGAGUAUCACUUUGAAGAUAGAGUAGUCUAUGAUCCCACUGCCACAGUAAGUUACUGGAUAAACCCUGCUGAACGUUUAGUGUCUCUUGCAUUAAAGAAAUGGAAAGCCAGGAAUCUACGUGCCGAUAAUACAAGUUCUAUAGUGGUAUUCAUUGAUCCACUAGGUCCUAGUAGAUUAACUAUUCUCAGGAAAAAGAGGGAGGAACAUUUUAGCAAAAUUCAAGAUCACAGAAGUGCUGACAAAGAAAAAUUAUCUACGUCAGUAAAUAAUGACAGCUUGAUUAGUAAAGAAAGCCCUGCAACUCCCAACUGUGAGCCAAGACCUGUGAUAUUACCUAAAAGUGCCCCUCCAAAAUUAGUGCCUCAUAAAGGAGAUAAUUGUGUUUUAUCUAAAAGCAACGACGAAUCUCAUUCUAAUUUGGAUGCAGUCGAGAAAGGAAAUAUAAAACGUGCUAGAAAACUUUCACUGUUCCCCCAAAUUGUUAAUUCUGAAAUGAAUGACAGUGUACAAGCAGGAAGUGCUGCUACUUUUGCAGCUUUGAAAGACCCCCUAACACCAGUUAAACACGACGAAUCAAAAGAGUCCUCUAGUGAAAAUUCUGAAUUCUCUAGAUUUGGUGCUUUGAACAUUGGUAUGCAUUCUAUGAGGUUACGGAAAUCGGACAGUAUAUCUAGUGUUAAAGAUUCUAAAACCAAUAAAUUAAGUAAUCAGGUUAACCCAGGUGUUUUACGCAGCAGCAGUCAAAACAGUGUACAUGUUAAAGGUGACAGGUUGCCUAAAUCAUGUCCUGUUCUGAAAAAGUCUGGUUAUGAAAAUGGACAUAACAUUCGAUUAGUUACACGGUUACGUGUCAGAGAUCAGAACAAUUCUCAUUCCAUCUUAUUAAGUGCUAAGAAUCUACCAAGUAAAAAAUUAGGCAAUGGUACACCUGGCAGCAGUCGUAAAACAUUGCUAAAGGCAAAACUUGUAUCUAGAAAAGCAAUAAUUCAGAACAGUGCAAUUCAAAGAACAAACAAAAGUAUUGGUGGUAUCAAGAGAAAAAUUGAAGAUAGUGAAGAUUGUCCUGUUUCUAAACGACUGCGGGGAAGUCAUCCAUAAUUUUUUAAAUCAUAACCUAGACAUACAUGUAUUUGCCUUAAUUGACAUGCCUUCACUUCAGGAAAACAAAUUAUUAGGCCAUACAUAUAAAAAAUAAACUGGUUUGCAUAUACGGUCACAACUCAUUUUUUAUCAUGGGUAUAUAUUUUUUGUGUUAAAAAGAAAGGUACAUGUAAGUCUAUGAAACGUUUUCUAUUGAGUUUUGAAGUGUCCAGUAGGUUUCAGUUAUCAAGCACACAAUCCUGAUAAAUGACUCUUGAUGAUCAUAACUUGACUAAUUGUUAUCAGGGAACUGAAUUUAAAGAUCUAGAUAAUAAUUAUUCUGCAAACUGCAUCUAACAGUAAAGCUUAGACAUACAUGUACAUUGUAUGUAAUACUAAGUUGUAACACAAGAAUUGGUAAUUAUGUUAGCAGUCUGAUUAAAAUACAUAGAGGAUAUUUGUCGUUUUAGAGUGAAUAACAUAUUUUAUUUCAUCGAGAAGCAAGAAAACUUAUAUUGUCAGCAUUCGUGAAAAUAUAAACGUUUUCUUGCUUAGAGAUGAAAUAAAAUAUGUUAUUCACGACAAAACGACAAAUGUUCUAUUUAUUUUAUGAUUUUACAAUCAUUUUAGGUAAAAACAACAUGGACUACUGCUAGCCAGUGGAAUAACACUUUUAUUUCACUGAUAAAACGCGGUAUUCCACUACUGAUCAUAAAAUAAAGAUCUGUAUUUUGUUUCGUUUUUUUAUACUUUCGAUGGCCUCUAUUCAGGCCUCGAAAUGGUAACCUGUCACUCAAAAUUAUCAAAGACCAAUCUCAUCACACAUCAUCCAUACAUGAUAACAUGUACAUGUGGGUACACAAACACUCUUAAAUUGUUUAGGUCUUUACGUACAACGGAGUGAAAUGUAAACCGUGCAGAUGACGGUUUUUCACAGAAUUUCCGUGCUUAGUUCUUUCACUUGAGAAAUGAUUAAUUAAAUGUACGUGGCGUGGAGGUGAGUAUUGUCUUAAGUCAAUUUACUGGAACGUCGAGUAAAAUUUUGUCUACCUGUCAAGUAGUUUUACUUCCUACCUGUCAGACGUAAAAAUCGUCUGUCCCUGACCAGUACAGAUGAACAUUUUGAUCCAUGCCUCUACUACAUGAAGAUCUGACCAGUUGUAGUGGGAGGUUGCGUCAGAGGUCAUGCGAGCGGCUUUCAGACAUUGAUUAAUCAAUCAUCGUUGACGUUUCUAGUGGUUUACCCACAGUUCCGUGCGCAGCACGCCAAGAACUUGCCCUAACAGACCAGAAAGCCUCUUACAUAACAACUCUUCCAGAUCCUAGUGUUGUGAAGAGAAGUAAAAACGAAAUUUUGAACUAUAAAAAAAAACGAAACAAAAUAGGAUCUGUGUUUUAAUCAGAUUGUUUUGUAAGAAUUCCUGUAAACCAAUAAUGUAAAUGUAGAAUCUUAAUAUUUUGAUGCUUAUGACAAGUCAUUUAGCCGCAUAAUCCUUUGACAAAGAAACAUAAAUAUAAAAACCAUCCUUCCACAUCAGAUUUUUUUGGGGGAACAAUUGUCGGAGAACCGAAAUAUUUUUUUUGUAUGGCCUUAUAAAACUAUUUUUGUAAGAUUUCAUUUCAAGUUCUCUACAUUACUUUACAAGAGAGGUACAUGUAUAUUCGUGAUAAUUUCGCUUCAUAUGUAUCAUUUACUGGACUAUGUUGAAACUGAGGUAAAAAUUUAUAUAUUAACUUAAUAGUUAAUGGCAAGGCCAUCUAAUGUCAGGUAUUUGCCAUGCAAACUUAAUAAUGCAUUUUCAUGUGCCCUCUUAUUUUUAUUAAUUUGCAAGGGGCUGAAGGUAUUCUUCAGUAACAAGUGGAAAUUACUGAAACUGAUUAUUGAUUUGAAUUUGAUACAAAUCACUGAUUAUAUUGUAAAUAUUACAUAACUUAUUUCAAUAAACUUGGGUUCAUCAGCCAUGGUGAUUUUGUUCCUGACUGUUACAUAAUAAAUUCCUGAUAUUUUAUUUCUUACUUUACUCCAUGGCUUGUUGCUAGUGCUCUACAUGUACAGAUGUGUAUGUAUAAGUAAAUUCAAAACAUAUCAAUACGUCAACCUGGUUCUAGAAACUAUUGUACUAUUUUAUCAACCUGGUUCUAGAAACUACAUGUAUUGUACUAUUUUAUCAACCUGGUUCUAGAAACUAUUGUACUAUUUUAGGCAUAGAGACUUGGAGUGAGUCACAAAGUGAGUAAUGCUUAAGUUAAUUACAAAACCUGUAUGCUUUCUACAAUGUCUAAAUUUUAAUAGGCAAAAAACAAGUAACUAAAGAAAUCUGAGGUGGACUACUUUAUCAGGAUUUCACAUAAAACUUACAAUCAAGUUCAAUUUGAAUCGAUUGCAUUAAGUUUCAUGAUGGUAACCAAACAUUUAAAAAAAAAUUCUUUGGUCUGUGAGUAACUGCCCAUUAUUGACUUCAUGCUGCUUCGUUAUGCAUCUAAAUUCAAUAGAAAUAGAAAUAUUACCAAUAUCUGAAUUUCUCUUUAUUUUACCAAAUCAGAACAACUUUUCCAAGAAAUUAUAAUGUCACAAAGUAUUUGCCUAUAUUUAGUAACCUGUUUAUUGCCUAUUCAUUUCACAUUUUAAUUUAUAUAAAAAAUUAUUUUUGGGAAAUUUUUUGGUUUUUGUGUUUGGAAGGUAUGGUACUUAAAUAUGUACUAUAUGUACAAUGUAUGUAUAUUACUAUCUUCGUUACAAAGUAAAAGUUGCUCUUAAACUGAAUUUUAUUUUGUACAAAAAUCUAUUUUAUUAUUUUGAAACAUAAGUUAAUUUAGGUUUUUAUGUGUAUUACCUUUUAUUUUCAUAGAACAAGUUAUUUUGAUAGAUGUAAAUUAUUGAUGAGGAACUAUAUAAUUAGUCAUGUAUUUUUAUUAGUUCUGAACUUAAUAGAAAAUGUAUUAUUCAGAGAAAGAAUCCGUAAUUAUAUUUCUUUUAAUUUGAUGUAUCUAAAUAGUUUAAUUCUGUACUCUAUCUGUAACUGUUGUUUUGUUUGUUGAAAUGGAAGAGAUUUUAAGUUUUAAUUUAACUAUACGAUUUUAAAUUUUUAUUAUUAAAACAGUUUUGAAAUUGUUGAAUUUUAGAUAAUCAUUACACUGUUACUGUUAUGACAUACAUGUAUAAUAUUGGCAGCUAUAAUAAUGUAUCCAUGCCUCUAUUGUAAAGACAUACUGUAUAUUCAGAUUGUUACUUGCUCAUUUGAAAUCAUUAAAAAGAAUAAAUUAUAUUAAUAUGAAAAUGUUUAGUCAUUCUAGUACAUGUAUUAUUGAGUUUUGUUUAAAUAUAGAGAUUUGAGUACGGUAUGGUUAAUCUCAUUUUCACAGUCUAUGCAUUCCAUAUUAUGAAGAUUCCAAAACAUGAGAAAUAACCUGUUAAGAUAAAUGACUCUCUUGGUACAUGUACAACCCGUACUCCAGUUUAGGAAUAAUCCAAUUUUAUAUCUCUUCAAAUUAACUUGUACAUGUACAUCAACUCAAUGAAACAACUUUUUAUCAUUGACAUUUAUUAAUCAAUUCACACACUCUUCAACUGAGUAAUAUUCAAAUAUAAAUUUUUGGAUAAAAAUUUGUGGUGUUUCCACAGUAGGCAUUUUAUCCGGAGCAAAUCAGUGAUUCAUAAUAUAUUUAGGAUUGCAGCUUGAAAUUUUUUUUAUCUUCAGGACAAAUUGGCACAACUACACAGACCAAUAUUGCUUUAUGCUGUGGUACUGAUUUACAUGUAUAUAUGUGUAGGCCAGUGAACAACGAUUGAGACAAACAUUUAAUAUUACGGUACUAAACACAAUGAAAAUUUUGUUCAGAGAUCAGCAUAUUAAAACCAAAUUAUACUUCUAUGCAAUAUUUUGUGUCUACAGCAAACUAAGUCUUUGUUAGUGUUAAUAGUAUUUUUUUCCUAUGUCCAGUGCAUAUUAUAUUUAGGCAGAGCGUAUCUGUAUAUUUAAUUAUUAUAUAUGUAUAAACUAUUCCAAUUUAAUAACCACAUGUACAUAAUAUAGACACUGUAUAUUAAUUUUCAUCCAUGAAUGUAGUGCUGUCAAACCACCAAAUCUGAAGAAUUAUUUUAUGUUUAACAAAGAAAGGUUUUUUAAAUAUGAAAGAAAUGUAUGAAUUGUUAAAAUAAAAUUAUUAA